CGCGACGGGGCCGGUCGGUCAAACCGCACGGAAUCGGCUGAAAAUCGGUCCGCGCAGAGAAGGCACGGUCUCGAACGGCCUCCUCGAAUCUCAGCGUCUAACUCGCACGGACGGCUACGAUCCGGCGUCGAUCUGUUCGGUCGCGCGUCGCGGGGGCAUAUCGCAACCCUAAAAUGAAAAUCUGGCUCCUUUUUUUCAUGUAGUACUUUCAUAUAGGUGAAAAUCAUGUGAUCUCGGUCCUCAGACGUAAAAACUUUAUUUGGAUGGGAGCACGCGAUACGCAGCUGACAAAGAGGAAAGGCCGAGAGCAUACAAGAGCAAAAUUUGCGCUCAUCUUUCUCGUCCUGAUCGUCUCUGUUUUCCAGUCACAUCCAUUCACAAAUGUAGGGACAUGCUCGAAGCCACUUUACGGCGCAAAUGUUGCUGUUCUUUUGUAUGGACAAGCGCGCACCUUGAAUCGCACGCAUUGUAGCAUAUCUGAACACAUCCUCGCCCCACUCCUUAACGCCAGUCACAAGGUUCACGUCUUCGUAGUCGGCGAGUUGGACGGCGAUAGCUGGCAAUACGAAGCUUACCUGGAUCAAAUAUCGAAACGAGGGAUCAGAUAUCACAUCGAGAUGCAAGAAGUGCAUCUGGGCGCAACACAGUGCGCGAGAGCCCUGGAUGAAAAGUAUGAAAAACGCAUGCAACGAUUAGUCAAAGAAGGGAACUCGUAUGCCGCAGAAUAUUUGACACAUCUGAAGUACCGAGAGUCUGUCAACUCUCUUCGCAAAAAGUGCGAGAAGAGCGAGGGAGUGGCAUUUGACGUGGUCAUUCUUGCUCGACCAGACGUCGUGUACACAAGUUCAUUGCAGUCACUGUGUAUAUUUGACAAAGAUGUUGUUCAUGUUCCUCCUUGGCAAUCGUAUGGUGGGAUCAAUGACAGAUUCCUCAUUUCAAGGAGCGGCCCAGCGCUUGAUCACUACUUGGGUCUUCACACGGCCCUGUGUGCUGAAGGAUUUGUCGCGAAACUUCCUCGUCGAUGGAAGGGAAUGAAUUCAGAGCGGAUAUACUCUUGGUGGCUACGCCAGGGUGGAUUCCGGAUCAAGACGUGGCUGUUGAAAGAAUUUGUUUUCUACCGAAUGCGCAGGGGCGCGACUCUUUCGGAAAGUCCAGACGCUGAUUUUGGGCAACAUAAGGGUGCGACCAUUUUCAAUCAGAAAUAUAAUCCAUCCGCAGUGCAAUGGUCAAGCGUGAUGAAUAGACUUUCACAGUGCCCCCCAUUGCAGAAACAUUAGAUGAUUUUUGUCCAAUUGAAGCACCAUGGCGCGGUCUCCUUCCGAUAGUUUUGGUCGCCGACGGGUUUUGGAGCUGUACGCCCCGAUCGUUCGUCCCGGCAAGGGGUACCCCGACACGAUAAAGCUGAAGGUGCUCACCACGCCGGCCCCCGAGUGUUACACCACCGAGCAAGAAACGAUCCCGCUCGACGAGAUCGAAAAGGGCCAACGCGCCAUGCGAUCGUCGAACUCAACAGCAUUUGGUUCGUCGACGGCAAGUUCGGCGUCUCACUCCGCCUCCAGCAGGUGAUGGUCGAGCCGAGACGGACGCGGCCGCGGCGGCUAGCCUCGCGCCCACCUCGCCGCCUCCACCCCCCGUCCCGCCGCCGCCGCCGCCGCCGUCCCCUCCCCCAAAGCUCGUCGUCGACGACGACGACGCGGCACACGCGCCGCGUGAUGUCCUCUGCGCACUACUGCUCGCGUGCGUGUCACUUCUCUUGUUCUAGCUAGCUAGCUUGCGGCAGUGAAGUGGAGAUACGAAUGAUGCGAAGGUACAAAAGGUAAUAAGCCGACGAGGCGCUGGGAUUCUGGUGUCAGCGAGACUGUGACACGAACACCGCAAGCGGUAAAAGUCUCGGCUGAGAUGACGCGGGCGGUGAACGCCUUCACGGCGCGAUGAUUUGUUUGAUUUGUUUGAUUGAUUGUUUGUUUGUUUGUUUGAUGUUUGGUUGUGCGCGACGAU